GUCCCCGCGCAUGACACAAAUUUGGCCCCGAGGGAGCUCCGUGUGCUCAGCCUCAGAGCCGUAGGCGAGAGCGCCUGUCUGCAUGAGUGAGCACAUGGGUGUCUUUGAGUCUGUAGGUGUCACAGAGAGGAGAUCAGGAGCUGCCUGCUCACAGGCACUUUGGGACCCCGAAAGAAAAGGCUGUGCCGAGAGAGUUCUUCCUGUCAGAGGUGUCAUGAAGACUGGACAUGGGCCUAUCAGGGCCAUGGGCAUGAUGUCAGCCAAGGAACUCGCAGCCUGCCUCUGCCAAGAGACCAGCAUCUCGGCCUGAGCACUCCCAGCCUCCCAUCGCCUUCAACCUGGCUGCAUUCAGCUGCCAUGCCCCUACCUCCUUGUGUGGUCAGCACCCACCAGGACUUCAUCUUGGGGCACCCAAAGGCCGAGGACAUUGCUGGCCAGCAGGAAAUUCAUGGUGCAUCCAGGAAGACUUCCAAGAGGUGGUGGAGCAGGGGGCGCCACACCCAGACAGCUGUGUGUAAUUGCGCAGCUGCGGGUUGCUGUGGGUGCUGGCCGGCAGUGCAUUCUGGGCACACUGGACUGUGUCACCGCAUGCAGGCUGUGGCCGGAGGGGGAACUGCUGGCCGCCAAGGCCUAUGUGCCUGGAAACCAGCAGGGCUGCUGCAGGAGGAGGGCUGCAGGAUGCUCCAGCUCAGACCUGACUCAGGGUUUUAGAGGGCACGGGGCAUAAGGCUGUGGACAUAGACAGCCCUACUGCGCAGGAAGAGCAUAAACCAGCCAGAGGGCAUGCAUGUGGGCUGCUGUUGGAUUCUGUUCUCCUUUGAGGUAGGGAAGGAUGUGUUUCUAUUUUAUGGAUGAGCAAACUGAGGCAGAAUGCUGGAGUGAUUUCCCCCAGCAUCGAUGGCAGAUUUAGCUCCAGGGCUUAGAUUUUAGGAUCCUCCCUCUCAAAUACCAUGAUGUAUCAUGGGCUUUCUCUCCACAGAAAAUUAGAAACUAGGAAAUGGAAAGGGAACAAUGAAACUUACCCAUUCUCCCACUGCUCACAUUUCCUUCUGGUUUUUUUGCGUGUGCAUAUAAAAUAUAUCUCAGAAAAUUGAGUUUGUGCUGUGGAUGCCAUUUAUAUCCUACCUUUUAUACUCAGUAGAUCAUGAAAAUCCCCUUUGUUGCUAAUUAUAUUUCCUGGCAGCCCCAUGGCCCGUCCUAUGCACGUGCUGUUAUUCCUUUGGAGAGUCCUAGAUUUUUGCUCUUAGUUGUAACACAUCAUGAGUGACAUCCUGUCUCCACGAUGUUUUCUCCUUAAGAUGGAGACAGAUAUAGCGCUCCUGGAUCAGAGAGCACUGCCACCUAUAGGAUCCUUGACUUCAGGAGCUGUCCCCCUAACCAUCUGGUCACCUCUCAUCCUCCACCCAGCUCUGAUGCUCACUGCAAAUUGUUUGCCAACCUAACAGGUGAACCCUCAGCUGUUCUGAUGAGUACUCCUCUGACUGCUGGAAGGUGACAGGAAGGAGUUUUAGCAACAUUAAAACCACUGAGACUGGGGAUGUGGGGGCAUCAUUAAUGUCAGCCCCCUCCCCACCAAGCGCGUGCGCGCACACACACACACACACACACACACACACACUCUUACUCUGCCUCCCAGGUGCUUAAUUUGUAUGGCUUUGGUUUGCUGGUGAGGAAGAAUUUUCUUCUUUCUUUUAUGUGAUUUGAGGCCAUUGUAUUUGUAUCUGGAAAUUGUUAAAAUUGAGGCUCUGUCUCCUUUUCCCAGUGAGAAUUCAUGAGCAUUCCCAACAUUCCCACGUGGACACAGACACAUGCCACGUGUGGCCCCUGUGUUACCUUGUUCUGCCUACAAACACACCCGUGGGUCCAGAGCCCAGCAAGGCCAUAUUGCUAACCCAAAUUUUUGUGGAAAAGGAAACUGAUGCAGGAUCUGCUCAGGGUCAGCCCUGCUGCUGACCAUCUAUGUAACCUCAAAUCUGUCAUCUGUAAAGUGCCUCCCCCACAGGGUGACGGAGAGAUUGAGGGGAAUGCAGGGUCGAUGGCUGCACCCCGGGAAGUGCAGCUGUGGGUUCUGGGAAUGGCAUGGCGUGGGGGUCCCUCCAAAGGGACACAGGUCUCUGCAGUCCUGUAGGAAGGAAGCUACCCAGGCCAGGUGCAUAGGGACAGGAUUUACCUUGACCCAAUCAUCUGAGUAGUUGAGGGGUUGUGGGGAAGGGGCCAGCCCAUCCUGAGCGACUCUCCCCACAGGCAAGCCCCACGGCAUGCACCAGCUGGCCACACUGCCAAUGAGUUGGAUGUGGAGGACUUAUCACACCUUCUGGUGGCCAACAACCUGGUGGCCACCUGGAUGAGGCCCACAAGUCCCUGCUGGUAGCCCUCUCCUGAGGACUCAGAUGGCCCCGUGCUGGCCCUGCUGGCCUUGCUGUGGCUGGGGAGAGGCUGCUUCUACGAUGCCAACCCAGGUGGGCUGCAGCUGGCAGGUAGGAGCAGGACUCUUCUCUGAGGAGGGCACAGGCCUUCUGUGGCCCUUGCUCUCCACUCCACAACCUGGGCUUUGGAGCAAGCAAACCUUGUUCAGCUCCAGUUCUGCCACCUACCACAGGCCCUCACCUCUUUGACCUUCAGUCUCCUCAUCUGUGUCCUGGCCUUUCGGGUUGUCAUGGAAAUUAGCUGGAGCAGGUACCCCAGGGCCCAGCAGGUUUCCUGCAUACGAAGUGAAAACGGAAGGUCUAUGCCCAGGCAAUGCCACAGAGGAGGAAGACACUGGAACUCACUGAGUUUGGUACACAGAAUGUUGAAAUUCCUCAUCUUCCUCAAGAUUUUGAAGUUGCAGAAUAUAACACCUUGGAGAAAGUGGGAAUGGAGGGAGGCCAGGAAGCUGUGGUUGUGGAGCUGCAGUGUUCGCGGGACUCCAGGGACUGUCCUUUCCUGAUAUCCUCACACUUCCUCCUGGAUGAUGGCAUGCAGUAAGAGCCCAGUGGAUGUCUUGCAGAUAUUUAGAGUUGGCAGAGUGAAUGAAACCAGAGUUUUUGAGCAAACCUUGCAAUGUGAGGCCCUUGUUGCAUGGUUCUCCUGUACGAAACAUCGUGGGAAUCUUGUAGGGUUGCUUUUACCCAAAGUAGUGGAAGAUCGUGAUGUGCAAAGAACAGACGUCGGACACCUUGGAAGUGGGAUUUAUUUCAGUGAUUUGCUCAGUACAAGUAUCAAGUACUCACACCCGGGAGAGAUAGAUGGCACCAGACUCCUGCUCAUUUGUGACGUAGCCCUCGGAAAGUGUAUGGACUUACACGAGAAGAACUUUUCCUUGACUGAAGCACCACCAGGCUACGACAGUGUGCAUGGAGUUUCACAAACAGCCUCUGUCACCACAGACUUAGAGAAUGAUGAAUUUGUUGUCUAUAAAACCAAUCAGGUUAAAAUGAAAUAUAUUAUUAAAUUUCCCAUGCCUGGAGAUCAAAUAAAGGACUUUCAUCCUAGUGAUCAUACUGAAUUAGAGGAAUACAGACCUGAGUUUUCAAAUUUUUCAAAGGAUGAAGAUUACCAGUUACCAGAUGCCAAAACUUCCAGCAGCACCAAGGCCGGCCUCCAGGAUGCCUCUGGGAACUUGGUUCCUCUGGAGGAUGUCCACAUCAAGGGGAGAAUCAUAGACACUGUAGCCCAGGUCAUUGUUUUUCAGACAUACACAAAUAAAAGUCACGUGCCCAUUGAGGCAAAAUAUAUCUUUCCUUUGGAUGACAAGGCCGCUGUGUGUGGCUUCGAAGCCUUCAUCAGUGGGAAGCACAUAGUUGGAGAGAUUAAAGAGAAGGAAGAAGCCCAGCGAGAGUACCGAGAAGCCGUGACCCAGGGCCAUGGCGCUUACCUGAUGAGUCAGGAUGCUCCGACAGAAGACCAAAUGACCAGGCUAUGUUCUCCGAGUUGCCACCCUGUCUCCGUCAAAUGGCAGCAACUCAAUCCAGAUGCACCCAAGGCCCUGCAGGCCCCAGCCCAGGUGCCGUCCUUGUUUUGCAAUGAUCGACUCCUUGUCUAUGGAUUCAUUCCUCACUGCACACAGAUGAUCCACAAGCUGGCAACCCGAGCUCUAAUCAGAGAUUACGAAGAUGGCAUUCUUCACGAAAAUGAAACCAGUCAUGAGAUGAAGAAACAAACCUUGAAAUCUCUGAUUAUUAAACUCAGUAAAGAAAACUCUCUCAUAAUACAAUUUACAAGCUUUGUGGCAGUUGAGAAAAGGGAUGAGAAUGAAUCGCCUUUCCCUGAUAUUCCAAAAGUUUCUGAAGUCAUUGCCAAAGAAGAUGUAGACUUCCUGCCCUACGUGAGCUGGCAGGGGGAGCCCCAAGGAGCCGUCAGGAACCAGCCUCUUUUAGUGUCCUCUGAGUGGCAAGAAUUACGUUCAUCCAAACCAAAACUUAGGGCUAAAAGAAAAAUGAAAUUAUCUAAGCCAGAAAUUUCUGAAGAUUUUGAAGAGGAUGGCUUAGGUGUACUACCAGCUUUCACAUCAACUUUAGAACGUGGAGGUGUGGAAAAGCUAUUGGAUUUAAAUUGGACAGAGUCAUGUAAACCAACAGCAACUGAACCACUAUUUAAGAAAGUUAAGAAACUCCACUGGAAAACAUCUACUUCUAGCCUUUUUUGUGUUUCUGCUCCAGCCUUUGGUUCCUCUCUUUCCCCGGCUGCCCGCUCUCACAAUGCUGCUUCCUUGCCUUUUGCCUCAUAUUGUCAGAUAGCUAGUUUUGGUUUUGCUGCUCCUUCCAGAGGGUUUGAUGCAUCUCAAUUCAGCCAAGGCCCUGCGCCUGGCAGUUGUGCUGAUUGGAUCCCACAGUUGGCGUCUUGUCCCACAGGACCUCCCCAGAACCCCUCUUCUGCACCCUACUGUGGCAUUACUCUUUCAGGGAGCUCAUUGAGCUCUGCACAGUCUGCUCCACUGCAACCUGCUGGAGGCCGUAUGACCAGGCCUUCUGCUGGCACCUUCCCUGAGCUGUAUUCUCCCCAGCUUCAUUUCUCUCUUCCUACAGACCCUGAUCCCAUCAGAGGUUUUGGGUCUUAUCAUCCCUCUGCUUCCUCUCCUUUUCAUUUUCAACCUUCCGCAGCCUCUUUGACUGCCAACCUGAGGCUGCCAAUAGCCUCUGCCUUACCUGAGCCUCUUUACAGUCAGUCCUGGACUACGCCAGUAGAUCUCUGUCUUCUGGAAGAAUCAGUAAGCGGUCUCGAAGGAAGUCAAUAUCCUGACUAUGGUUUUCAAAGUUGCUCUGAAACAGAAAGUCAUGAGCUAUGAGAAGUACUUCUAGACAGCUGCUUUUUACAAAUAAAAUGUGAUACAACAGACAACCAUAUCCCGUGCUUUCUGGAAGUAAAAGAAGAGGAUGAAAUAGUGUGCACACAACACUGGCAGGAUGCUGUGCCUUGGACAGAACUCCUCAGUCUACAGACAGAGGAUGGCUUCUGGAAACUUACACCAGAACUGGGACUUAUAUUAAAUCUUAAUACAAAUGGUUUGCACAGCUUUCUUAAACAAAAAGGCAUUCAAUCUCUAGGUUUACUCUUCUAAGCUAUUUGUAACAGGAGCCUAAAAACUGGGUUUCUUUCAUUGCACUUCAUGGCUCACUGGUUAUUGAAGAUGGCAAACGAGGGGCGCUCUGGAUACAGGUGUAGAAGGAAGAGAACGUCUCCUGGACAUAAUUGCCACAAUGCUGGUACUACAGUUUAUUCGCACCAGGUUGGAAAAAACGGGAAUAGUGUUCAAAUCACUGAUGGAACUGGAUGACGCUUCUAUUUCCAGGUGGCUUUAACUAUAGUAUUAAGGAACUUAUUUAUAUUUUCAACUAUUUAUUUAAUAAACCUUAC